AUGCGACUCUUCUUCGUCAUCUUAGUUGCAAUCCACUCUUUCAGCACCUCCCACUUCUCCUCACGGCUCGAACUCUUCCAGUUCUCAAACGAGCACCACAUCGUGAUCGUCGCCGCUAUUGGUUUCCUUGCCUCGACUGGCAUCCUCUCGGGAUUCCUCAGGCUCUGCGGCGCCGCCAUGUUCCUCAUGCUGCCAACCAACUUGUCAACCGCGAGGAAAGCCGCUCUGAGCACCCACGACAUGUUUCCGACGACCCCCUCAUCUCUCAUCUCACACACCCCCAAACGUCCAGAUCUGAGCGAUGUGAAAGGCAAGUGA